AUGGUGCUAGAAUGGCAGCUUGUCCCAACAACCACCCUCCUUGCCACGCUCGUGCUCCCCCUCCUCUCCAUCUUACUACUUGUAGCAGCAGCAAGGGCAAGGCGCACCGGAGAGAACACGCACCACCGGCUCCCGCCGCGCCCGCCGGGGCUGCCCAUCCUCGGCAACCUGCACCAGAUGGGUGCCCUGCCGCACCAGAGCCUCCGGGAGCUGGCGCGGCGGCAUGGGCCGGUGAUGAUGCUGCGGCUGGGGACGGUGCCCACCGUGGUGGUGUCGUCGGCGGACGCGGCGCGGGACGUGCUCAAGACGCACGACGCCGACUGCUGCAGCCGCCCGGACACGCCGGGGCCCAGGCGGCUGUCGUACCAGCACAAUGACGUGGCCUUCAGCCCCUACAGCGAGCAGUGGCGGGCGCGGCGCAAGCUGCUGGUCGUCGAGUUCCUCAGCAAGCGCCGCAUCCAGGCCACCUGGUACGCCAGGGAGGCCGAGAUGGGCAAACUGGUGACCGGACUAGCAACGGCUAGCGUUAACGGGCGGGAGCCGGUGUCGCUGGAGGAUCACGUCUUCGGGUACAUGGACGGCAUCGUCGGCACGGUGGCGUUCGGUAACCAGUACGGCACAGAGCACUUUGCGCACAAGGAGCACUUCCACCAUGUGAUUGACGAGGCCAUGGUGGUGAGGUCUAGCUUCUCCGCCGAGGACUACUUCCCCAACGCCCUCGGCCGCCUCGUCGACCGCCUCACUGGCGUAGCCUCCCUCCGCGAGAGGGUCUUCAAGGAGUUCGACGCCUUCUUUGAGAUGAUGCUCGACCAGGCCAAGCAUGACAAUGGCUGUGUCGGCCUCAUCGACGUCCUCAUCGGCCUCAUGAAGGAGGAGCACCAAGGCUCUUUCAAGGUCAGCAGAGACGUCGUGAAGGGGCUACUAACGAACACAUUUAUCGGCGCCGUCGACACAGGCGCGGUGACCAUUAUCUGGGCAAUGGCGGAGCUGGUCCGGAAUCCACACGUGCUGAACAAGGUGCAAGACGAGAUCCGGACUCUGGUGGGCGAUAAAGAGAAGCUGCAGCAAGAAGAUGUGACGAAGCUCAAGUACCUCAAGAUGGUGGUCAUGGAGACGUUGCGACUGCACCCGGCGUUGCCCCUUCUUGUGCCGAGGGAGACCAUGCGGCACAUCACCGUCUCUGGCUAUGAUGUGCCGGUAAAGACGAGGAUCUUGGUGAACGCAUGGGCAAUCGGAAGGGACCCGGCCAACUGGGACAACCCCGAGGAGUUCAUCCCGGAGAGAUUCGAGGGCGAAGAGGAUGUGAACUUCAAUCGGGCACAGUUUGAAUUCCUGCCCUUCGGCGCUGGACGUAGGAUGUGCCCCGGGAUAGACAUGGGGUUGGCCACCACGGAGUUCACCCUGGCAAACUUGCUCUACUACUUUGACUGGGAGUUCCCAGAGGGGCUGAGAAGUGAGGACAUGAGCAUGGAAGAGGCAGGAGGACUCACUAUCCAUAAGAAGACACCACUCUUGCUUGUGCCCACCAGAUAUCAAGCAUAA